GAGCGGCAAUUUAAGUCAAAUAGCAAUGCCUGACUUAAAAUGUCCAUUCCUGUGAAUCACGUAGGAGCGACUAAUAUUGUGUUGGCUACUGAUAAUCCACGACAAUCUUCCACUUGUUUGGAAUCAGUUUCUGUUCAUGAUAAAACUGAAGUGCAUGUUGGAAGUCUUGGUUUAGGAACAGCCUUAGCCGUUGCUUAUGAUCUAUGCAGUGAUAAUGGAAUUGUGAAUCAGUUCAAUACCAACGCUAAUUUAUGUGCCUCAAAUCCUCAACUUGCAAAUUUCCUUUCAUUAUCUGCAAUCAAAUCACCAAGUUCACAAUUUUCGACUCAUUGUCGUAGUACAUCUCUAUCUGACCAACAUACAUAUAAUAUUUAUUCUAAUUAUUUUACAAAUAAUUCAUUAUGGACAUUACAACAUACUGAUAGUUACCUAACUCCUAUCUCAUCUGCAUCUACAAUAUUUGAUGGUUCUAAUUCAAUAAAAUCACUCGCAAAUGAUAAUGAUCAUUCCAAAUCUAUUUCUUCCACUUGUGAUUUCUCAAAUAAAAGUAACUAUUUUCCUCAUGUCACUCUUGAUAGUAGUGUAUGCCAACCAAAUGAUGUAGUUUGUUCAAUUGGAAGCAUGGUUGAUGGUCAUUACAAUAAUAAUCACACCAAUAUUGAUACCAGUCCACAUGUUUCUAAUUUACCUACUGCAUCGAGUGGACAGAAGAUUAAUACAAAUAAUUCAGAUAAUGAGUGUAUAGGUAUUAAUCAAGGAAUUACGUCAAAUAACUACGACAAUAAUAAUAUUGUUUUGAAGGAAACGACAGAUACAAAUCAUGUUACUUCAUCAUCUACUACUUCUGUUGAUGACAGUUUAUAUCAGUUAUCUGAGGAAGAAAUGAAAGAAAUAGAUACAUCACUUACAACAAAUGCUGAUCUCAUGGCUAGUCGUCAAUGGAAGUAUUAUAUUGAGACAAAUGAAUGGACACGUGCUACCUGUGCAUUGAUGGCAUGUUUAUUUACUAGAGAUCAAAUGGCUAAUUCAACUGUUUUAGGUCGUGGUGGUUCACAACGUGCCCGUCUUCCAAGCAAUCUAGUUGCCUAUGUUGUCACUACAAUCCGUCGACGAUUCAAUAAACCAGCCGCAGCUGUACGUGCUCGUAUGGCACAGAAAUGUAAAGAUGAACGACGUUUUGGUCGUAUACCUAAUUCCAAUGGAAAUUCAUGUAUAGAUGGAAAUUCUGAUUGUAAUAAUACACCAUCACCAGUUGCUGCUAUUUCAUCUAGUCGAUCAGGUACAAGAAAAACUCGUAAACGACCAGCUAAUUCAACAUCAACAUCAUCAUGUUCAUCUCAUUCAUUAAAUGGUAUAAAACAACCAUGUACACCAAAUUAUAAUAUUUAUCAAAUGAAUAUUACCAAUGAUGAUUGUUGUUCAUCAACAACAGAUUCUAAUCAACUUCCACCCAUAAAUUUAUCACCUAAUGGUAUGAGCUUAAGUGGUAUCGGUGAUGAUGUCAAUGGGGAAUAUGAUUGUAUGCUACAAACAUCUUUGGAUGAUUCAUUUACAUUAUUAGAUCAAUCUGAUGUUGUGAACUAUCCUCAAAUUUAUCCGCUUGUUAAUCAUAUCACAACAAUUCCAUCAUUGUCAUCAUCAUCACCAAUAAUUACAAUGACUAAUGGAGUAAAUAAUAUCAAUGGUUCAUGUAAUCUAUCUAAUGCAUCGUGUAUAUCAAUAUUUUCCAAUGAUCCAUAGGCACACAUUUUUUGGUUAAUAUGUAAAUGGAUUUCUUUUUUUUUUUAAAUUAUAAUACUUGAUUCAAAUUGUCUACUUGUCUUCAUGUAUGUGAAUGUGAGAAAAUAAGCAAAUCAUCAACAACAACAACAACAAUAACAACUAAUCAACUAACAGCUACCCCCUACGUACAGUUAGUUACCGGGUGUUGAUGUUGUUGUUGGUGGUGCUGGUGCUGGUGCUGGUAAUGAUUAUGUUAUUGUUCUGUUCUCUCUUUUUAUUCAACAUCAUCAAAGUUUAUUCCUUUUUCGGUGAUCUUAUUAAUAAUCAUAAAGCUCAAAAGUAAAAUAGGACAAUAUAACUGUUUACUUUAAUUAAAUAGUAUGAAUACUAUUUAUUAUUGAUCAUUACAGGAUGUUUUGUUUUUCGGGCCUUUUCUUUGUCAUUUAUAUAUGAGUUAAUGGUUUGUUUCUUUGCAUGUCUAUCAAAUAUACAAUUGAAUGAAUGUAUGAAUUUAUUCAGAUGUUCAAUUACAUAACCAUCAUUAUUUUAAACAAAGUGUAUCAUUAUAAUGUACACAAAUGUAUAUGCAAUAGGUGUGAUAUAUACACUUUCUUAAUCCUCCUAUCAUUGAAUCUAUCCACCAUUCUCUUCUAUUUUUAAUUUUAAUCAUUAUGAUGAAUAGUUCUGGUUAGCGUUUUCUUUUUUUCUUUUUAACGAGUUAGUUUUCUACAAGAUGAGAUCGCUAACCUCAUGCCCAACUCUCCUCUUUUAUCCGGGCUUGGGACUGAUAGUAACUCUAGAAAAGCUAUAGGUGGACUUCAUUAUAAAUAUCCUAUCUAUUUAUUACAUAACAUAAUUAUCUCAAUUAUUGUUAUAACAAUAUUAACAUUCCUACUUUUAAUGAAUUCAACAACAACAACAAAAAGAAGUUGUCUAACCUCUUCUUCUUGUUCUUUUGUGUGUUUGAUCUCUCAAUGUUUUUUUUUUAAUUGGGUUUUAUUUCAUUAUUAUGAUUGUUAUUUUCGGUUAAACUGAUGUUACUGGAUCAUCUUAUGUUGUUUAUUCAUAUGAAACAAGUUGCUUGUAAAUCUAUCUACUAAAGUAUUAUGCAUUCCCUUGCCUCCCCCCUGGCCCCCAAUUUAAUUCUUCAUUGAUAAAAUUGCAUCGUCACUAGGCGUGUAUCAUCUCCUAUAUGAGUUUCUUUGAUUAUGUAACAUUGAAUCCGGUGCACCUUCUAUAAAAUAUCAAAUACAAUUGCUUUAUUUAAACAAAUACUGCAAUUAUUAUUAUUAUUUGUCAUUUGUGUUUUAUUCAAUUAUUGUCUCUUUUUUUUUUCUCUUCAGUAAAUCUUUUCAUUUGAUUUAUUGAUAUGAUUUGAUCUUUUUUUUUUGCAAUUUAAUUUAUUAUUGUAUAUCAUUCAAUAGUUGCCUUCAAUUUAUAAACAAUUACCUAAUUCCCCUUAUCCUCGAACUCUACUCCUUUAUAAGGAGUAACAGGCAUAAGUAAAGUAAGUCCUCUUAUCCUACAUAUAUAUCUAUCUAUGCAUACAAUGUGUAUUUGUUUGAUUUUUAUGUAAGUCAAUGUGAAUUGAUAAAAGUUAUUCAUUACAAAUGCACACACAUACACACAAACAAACAAAAAAAAACAAUUACAUCCCAAUUGAUAAAACUAAACAUUGAAACAAACAUUCUUGUAUUUCACUGUUUUUGUUACUGUGGUUGCUGUUUUAUUAUUAAUUUAUACAUAAAUAUCGGUCUACAUCCCUUUUUUCAUGGAUUAACAAAGAACAAAUAAGCGCGUCUCUUAAAAAAAAGUUGUUUAUUAUUAAUUACAAUAAUAAUCACUAUAAUAAUGAAAUUUUAUUUUGU